GCUAUGGCAACUGCAUCCUCUCAAGUUCUGAUUCCAGACAUCAAUUUUAAUGAUGCCUUUGAAAACUUUGCUUUAGAUUUUUCCAGAGAAAAGAAACUGCUGGAGGGGUUAGAUUAUUUAACAGCCCCAAACCCACCAUGUAUCCGAGAGGAACUCUGUACUGCCUCCCAUGACACCAUUACAGUCCACUGGAUCUCGGAUGAUGAGUUCAGCAUCAGCUCCUAUGAGCUUCAGUACACCAUAUUCACUGGCCAGGCUAACUUCAUCAGCCUGUAUAAUUCAGUGGAUAGCUGGAUGAUUGUGCCCAACAUUAAACAGAACCAUUACACAGUGCAUGGACUCCAGAGUGGGACACGCUACAUCUUCAUUGUUAAAGCCUUAAACCAAGCGGGCAGCCGGAACAGUGAACCCACCCGGCUAAAAACAAACAGCCAACCCUUUAAACUAGACCCCAAAAUGACUCACAAGAAGUUGAAGAUCUCCAAUGAUGGAUUGCAGAUGGAGAAGAAUGAAAGCUCUCUGAAAAAGAGCCAUACUCCAGAGAGAUUUAGUAGCACAGGCUACUAUGGGGCAGCAGGAAAUGUAUUCAUUGACAGUGGCUGCCACUAUUGGGAGGUGGUCAUGGGUUCCUCAACAUGGUAUGCUAUUGGUAUUGCUUACAAAUCAGCUCCAAAGAAUGAAUGGAUUGGUAAGAAUGCCUCUUCUUGGGUCUUCUCUCGCUGCAAUGGUAACUUUGUGGUGAGACAUAACAACAAGGAGAUGCUCGUGGAUGUGCCCCCACAGUUGAAGCAUCUGGGCGUCCUUCUGGAUUAUGACAACAACAUGCUUUCCUUCUGUGACCCAGCUAACUCUCUCCGUCUUCAUACUUUUGAUGUGAACUUCAUCCUUCCAGUUUGUCCAGCAUUCACAAUCUGGAACAAAUCCCUAAUGAUCCUGUCAGGCUUGCCUGCCCCAGAUUUUAUUGAUUACCCUGAGCGGCAGGAAUGCAACUGCAGGCUUCAAGAAUCCCCCUAUGUUUCUGGGAUGAAAGCUUGCCAUUAAGUUUCAAGUGAGCAUAUAAUUCACUGUUUCUCCAAUUCAGCAGUUCCCCCCAACCUAAACCACAGAUAGUGUUCAAUACACAAGAUACAAAAUAAAGUUCUUUUGAAGCAUCCAAAAUAACUAGAUAUUAUAGAUUUAAUUUUUGUAAAUUAAAACUUAUAUUUGAAUUAAUGUAUUGAGUUUCCCAGAAUAUAUUAUCUGAGUAGUCUGGGUUUAAGCCAUUGGAGAAAAAAUUUAGAGAAUGUCUCUCUUUCACUGGAGAAUUAAAAAUCCCCAACGAUUUAGGAGUAUAAAUGAUAUUGGAAAGAAUUAGGGUUAUUCUAAGUAAAUAAUGUAGAAAGAUAUUCUAAACAAGAGGCUGGCCAGCCUGGGAGAGGAAGGUGGUCAAGCUCUCUAGUAGUGGCCAAUUUGACCAAGUAGAAUUUUAAAGAGUGUCAAAUUAUCACAUAUUACAUAUGUAACUUUUGAUAAAAAUCUAAAAUCAAGGGUUUAUUAUAAGAAAAACAUGUAUGAGUACAUAUAAUAUAUAAUGAAUAAAUAAUAUUUAUUAUAUAUUCAUUUUGCAUAUUAUAUAUACAUAAAGUUUUUAAUUUGCUCAUUUGAGUGGGAAAUAUACUGAAAGGGAAAAUAAAUUAUACCAUCCAUUUUUGUCCCCUUGGGGGAACAUCAAAAUCAAUCAACAUCUUUCCUUUCCCUCCCUCCAUCCAUCCCUCCCUUCCUCCUGUCACACACAUAUACACAUGCAGUCAUGAAACGGAUAAUGGGAAGAGCUCUAGGUUGGAUUAGAAGAGAUUUGGGGACAAGAUUGCAUAAAAGAUGCUAUUGCUGGAUAGAAAAUUGAUCCAUGUAAAAGUGUUGUAUGUAGGACAAAUUCACUGAUGCUUCCUAAUGCAGGAGGUCAGUCUGAAUUGUUGAAAAUUCUGUCACAGGAUAUUUUAAAGAAAUAUGGUUUUAUUACUCUCAAGAACAUAGAGUUACUAGAAUUAGCCUAAAAACAGAGUUGAAUAAUGCAGGUUUUUAGGAGCCCACUCUAAUAAUCAGUAAGAAUGGUGUGUUAUAGAUGCAACAACUAUUUGCAUAUAAAUAUACUUGUAUUUUCAGAUAGAACACUUCUGAAGUGCUUAAGAGUGCCUGAGAAUUCUAUUUAAGAAUUCUUGAAUACAUUAAAUAAUCAUCCCUCUUGCAA